AUGCAGCUCAAAUCACUCCUCCUGCCUGCCCUGGCCUCUGCCGCCUACGCAGAGAGCACCGUCACCUCAAUGUACAUCUUUGGCGCAGACGAGCAGCCGCUCGCCGCCUCGAUCGUCGGAAAUGAUGCAUCUGCUACUACAUACAGCAUCAACUGCCCCCCCGGAACAGAAAGCGAUGAAUGCGGCAUGGGGCCCGGCAUGACUGUCAUCGCGGGCGACAAGGCCACGACUUAUCUCAUGGAUGAUGGCGAUGCUUUCCAUCUCUCAGUCAAAUGCGCCAUCUCGAACUCUCGCGCCGUGUGCACCGAAAGCGCCGGCGGCCCUGACGCAAACUUCCCUGGCGUUGAGACGGCCACUGACAAAGUGACCUUAUUCCCUGUCACUGUUACCGCUGGGUCUGUUACCAGCGCGGGCCAUUUGACGACCCUUACCGGGACUGUUGGGGCUUCUUCGACUUCGACUUCGUCUGAGGCUGAGGCUGAGGAGACUGGCUCCGCCUCUGCCUCUGCUUCUGAGGGUAGUAGUUCUGGGGCGGCGGCGUCGAAGACUGGGGAUUCUGAUGAGCCGACUGAGACGGGCGCUGCUAGUAGGGUUAUGGGUAUGGGUAUGAGUGCUUUUGGGGUUGUUGGUGUUGUUGCCAUGGGUGCUGUGCUCUAG